UAUUACCUGCAAGAAGCCUCCAAGCUUCGUCAGCAAAUCACCAACUUACAAAACUCAAACAGGAAUCUGAUGGGUGAGGCACUUAGCACCAUGAGCUUAAGGGACCUCAAGCAACUUGAAACAAGACUGGAGAAAGGCAUCAAUAAAAUCAGAUCUAAAAAGAAUGAAUUGCUUUAUGCUGAGAUAGAGUACAUGCAGAAAAGGGAGAUGGAACUGCAAAACGACAACAUGUACCUCAGAAAUAAGAUAGCCGAUAAUGAAAGAACACAGCAGCAGCCACACAUAAACAUGAUGCCAUCAACCAGCAGUGAGUAUGAGGUCAUGCCUCCGUUUGAUUCCAGAAACUUUCUACAAGUGAAUCUAAUGGAUCCCAGCCAUCACUACUCUCUCCAACAGCAGACUGCCCUCCAAUUAGGCUAGUUAGUGCCGCUACAUUCCUGGAUCAGAUAAGCGCUGCAGAAAGAGAUAAGCAAACCAAAUCCGAAGUGAGUUGGAGUGGCAGAAAUAGAAAUUUAUCCACUAUAGUUCAUGUAACUCUUUGACUUGCAAAGUUAGCUAUCUAUCGAAACUCUACGCUCUGCUAUGUACGAUACGGAACUAUGCUCUUCUGUGUGCAGAUUUAAAACUGCGACGUUGUAUUUUAAUGAAUUAAAGUUUACGUUU